AUGGCGGCUGCCGUGCCCGGCGCCUGCCGGGGCCGCGCCGCGCUGCUGCUGCUGCUGCUGGGCUGCUGGGGCGCGGCGCUGGCCGGCGGCCUCCAGGAUCAAGCAGAGCAGUUUUUAAGAAGUGGACAUACAAAUAACUGGGCAGUUUUGGUGUGUACAUCUCGAUUCUGGUUUAAUUAUCGUCAUGUGGCAAAUACUCUUUCAGUGUACAGAAGUGUCAAGAGACUGGGCAUUCCUGAUAGUCACAUUGUCUUGAUGCUGGCAGAUGACAUGGCAUGUAAUCCCAGAAACCCCAAACCUGCUACUGUGUUUAGUCAUAAAAACAUGGAGCUGAAUGUCUAUGGAGAUGAUGUGGAAGUGGAUUACAGAAGCUAUGAGGUUACCGUCGAGAAUUUCUUGCGUGUUUUAACGGGAAGAAUCCCACCAAGCACACCACGGUCUAAACGCCUUCUUUCUGAUGACAGAAGCAAUAUUCUAAUCUAUAUGACAGGUCAUGGUGGAAAUGGUUUCCUAAAAUUUCAAGAUUCUGAAGAAAUCACAAAUGUAGAACUUGCUGAUGCCUUUGAACAAAUGUGGCAGAAAAGGAGGUACAAUGAAUUGUUGUUUAUUAUUGAUACUUGUCAAGGAGCAUCCAUGUAUGAACGGUUUUAUUCACCCAAUAUAAUGGCCUUGGCUAGCAGCCAAGUAGGAGAAGAUUCUUUAUCACAUCAGCCUGACCUGGGGAUUGGCGUUCAUCUCAUGGACAGAUACACAUUCUAUGUGUUAGAGUUCUUGGAAGAAAUUCAUCCAGCCAGUCAGACAAAUAUGAAUGACCUAUUUCAGGUCUGUCCAAAAAGCCUGUGUGUGUCCACCCCUGGGCACCGCACCGACCUGUUCCAGCGGGACCCUCAGAACGUUCUGAUCACAGAUUUCUUCGGCAGCGUCAGGAAGGUGGAGAUCACCACAGAGACACUGCCCUUGGCGGACGUGGCUGCAUUUGAAAGCAAGUUUCCAGAGGAGGAGUUGGCAACAGAGCCACUAAAAUAUGCUGAACAACUUCCUGUAGCUCAGAUAAUACACCAGAAACCAAAGCAAAAGGAUUGGCAUCCUCCUGGAGGAUUUAUUUUAGGACUCUGGGCAUUGAUCAUCAUGGUUUUCUUCAAAACAUACGGAAUCAAGCACAUGAAACAUGUCUUCUGAACUGGAGCAAACAAGACACUUGCAUUGGCUGCUACUUUGGGUUCUUGGGUAUCACCUGUGUUCUCUGCAUGUGGAUUAUGGUUGUGUUGAAACACUGUGUUUACAUCUCCCUUCUAAAGGUUCUUUUGAAGCCAUCUCUUCUGCCCCUUUUUCUGGAAAGAUUCUGACAAAUGGUUUUAAUGUUACUGCUAUUUCACUUUGUUUUGAUUUAAACCUAUUUUAAUGAUUUUCUGAGCUUUUUUCCUUCUGGUUAAACUUUAAAAAGGGCAGGACCUAAACCCAGUAACUUGAUUUCUGUGAUUGCUGCUGGAUUGUAAAUGGGCAAAUUCUAUCCACUGUACUUUGAAGUACAUCUUAGAAGAAGUCACCUAUUACUAAUGAACUGGACAUUUUGGAGAAUGUUAUGUAAGAUGUAAUUUUCUCAAUAAAAACUUGACCCACUUUUCAGACUUUGGCAUGGCAUAUUGGAAGCUUUCUUCACAAAAAUAAAAAUACUCGGGAAUAUA